AUGCUAUUACCAACCAGACCCUCUGUGCUACUGUACACCCUCAGUCCCUUGCUGGCCAACGGGCUCUCACUCGAUAUCACUAGCUCUGCCUCUAUCAAGAAUGCCUCCAGCAUUGUCGCCAAGGACAUGUUCAGCUAUUACCAUGGGAUAGACCCAGGGCAAGAUCCUGGCAUCUUCGGAGGACCCUACCUCUGGUCGGAAUCGGGUGCCGCCUGGGGAAGCAUGAUCGACUAUUGGAAUUACACCGGAGAUGCUCAGUACGUUGCUCUUGUACAGCGCGCUUUGCUCUGGCAAGUGGGACCGGACAACGACUACAUGUCGCCCAAUCAGACCAAGGCUGAGGGAAACGAUGAUCAAGCAAUCUGGGCUCUAACCGCCAUGCGGGCAGCAGAACUACAGUUCCCCUACCCCUCCACCGCCACCUCCAGCUCCCCCUCCUGGCUCGAUCUCGCUGUCAACGCAUUCAACGACCAAGUAUCCCGCUGGAAUACAUCGACCUGUGGCGGGGGCCUGCGCUGGCAGAUUUUCAACUUCAACCAGGGAUACGACUACAAGAACGCUAUAUCGACUGGGGCAUUCUUCCAACUUGCCGCCCGGCUGGCUAGGUACACGGGAAACCAGACCUACGCCGACUGGGCUACCAAAAGCUAUGACUGGACAAGCUCUAUUGGUUUUAUUGAUCAUGACUACCGGGUUUUUGACGGAGCACUGGUCAAAGGCAAUUGCAGCAAGAUCGAUCAUCUGCAGUGGACGUACGCCGCUGGAGCUUUCAUGUAUGGAAGCGCCGUGAUGACCAACUUCACAAACACAAACGCGACGUGGAAGAUCCGUACGAAUAAGCUGCUCGCAACCAUGUCCGUCUUCUUUACAGGAGCCUACAACACCGAUGGCACCUCCGGUAAUCCCGGAAUCAUGACCGAGGUGGCCUGUGAGUCAAUUGGGACAUGCGACACCGACCAGUAUGCCUACAAGGGCUUGACAGCGCAAUGGAUGGGUGAGGCUAUGCAGGUUGCGCCUUUUACCAAGGACGUAAUCAUGAGCUACCUCCAGCAUUCGGCACAAGGGGCCGCCAGGCAAUGUUCCGGAGGCAAAAACGGAACGACUUGUGGGACGCGCUGGACGAAGAGCGAGUACGAUGGAAAGACCGGCCUCGGGCAGGAGCUGAGUGCCCUGAACGUCUUCCUGGCCAACCUAGCCGUCAAUUCUUCUGCCCUUACCAACGCCAACACGACCGUUGCGAGCAAGGCGGAGGCAAACGGCACCACUCCGUCGUCUUCGAGUACCACCACCACAUCCGGGAAACCAACCACGACAUCAGCAAAGCCUUCGUCCGGAUCCCAGCGUCUGUGGGCAGCCAGCUGGGCUCUGUCUUUCGCGAUCCCAGCGGCUGUGCUCUCCUUGUCACUCUUCUGA